CUGGCACUGGUAUAGACCCAGUUGCCAAUCGGGAUCAAGCAUUUGGUGCUGGUAUGGGUGCUCUUCGGGGACGCACUAUGGCAGAGAUGAAUACUAGUAAUAGCUUUAGAAAUCCUUCAAUUGCCCAUGGCUAUGCAAAUACUGCUGGUAAUAAUGUAGUAACCAUAG